CCGUCGACGCGUCGCGGUCUACGUCUGUCGAUCCCGUGAUAUAUUUAUCAAGAAGUUUCUGCAAUUCUGUGAAGUUCCUGAGCUCUGGAAACACCUUUUCUCACUGGUGGUUAGAACAAGUCGGAAUGACUGAUGAAAAUAUGACGUCUUCGAAUGCUAAGUCUAUUGUCCUUCUAUUAUCUUCAAUUUUAUUCAGUACUCUUUUAGGGGGUCCAUCUCAUGCUGUGAGCAGUCCAGUGACGAAUGAAGAAGGUGUUUAUCAGUUUCUCGUCACCCAUGAAAAUGUCAUCUCCCACGACACAGCUUUCAUCUAUGUUUCUAAUGGCUUGGAGGAAAAAAUAAGCAUCUCAAUUCAAACCACAGAAUGCUACAAGUGUAAACUGAUAUUCCUUGGUUCUGUCAAUGUGAGGGAGCUGGUUGAGGUGCAGGCGGAUACAUCAUGGCCGAUUACCAUGGAGAUAAGCUUGAAAGACGAACCUCCAAACAAUGCAACUGUAUGCAGUUUGACUCACCACUUUAAACAAAAUGGAAACUACACGUGGUAUAUAAACAGUAAGAAAUCAACGGACACCUUCGACUGUAAAUUGGUCACAAUGAAUAAUCCGCCCGAUGCGUUUAUCCCUAUCUACGUAACCCUUGGUAUUUUUGCUGGAAUGGCUUUGUUCUGUAUUCUUGUUAAACAGUUGUUAAAGUCUACCGCAACCCAUCGCUUUCUGAAUUACUUUGGUAUGGAGAGAGUUGUAUCAAGUGAUCUAGGUACGCCCGCUAACCCCGUUUCGGAAGCUGACUCAAACAGCAUCCAAAGACCUAGUCGGGACAAACCAAAGAGACUCAAAUCCUUAGAUGCUUUUAGAGGGUUCAGUUUGGUGAUCAUGAUCUUUGUCAACUAUGGGAAUGGAGGAUACAAAGCCUUCUUCGGACAUUCAACGUGGAAUGGUCUCACUGUUGCGGACUUAGUUUUCCCAUGGUUCAUAUGGAUAAUGGGUGUAUCCAUCACCAUGUCAUUCUAUGCCUUGCUGCGCCAUGGUGUUUCCCGCCGUGAGAUGAUGUAUAAAAUUGUGAGGAGAUCCAUCAUUUUAUUUGGUCUUGGCAUUAUCAUAGAUGGAGGGAUUGACUUUUCAACCUUCAGAGUACCUGGUGUCCUCCAAAGAAUAGCAAUCUCCUACUUGGUGGUAGCGACAGUCCAUCUGUUCUCGGUCAAGCACAAAGUGGAGGAAUACAGAAUCACACGUGCAGUAUACAGAGAGUUGCGUGAUUUGUUGGAUUACUGGCACGAGUGGAUCAUUAUGCUGAGUUUUCUCGCCCUUCACGUUUGUCUGACGUUCCUACUUCCUGUCCCUGGCUGUCCAACGGGGUAUCUUGGACCCGGUGGACCUUUGGUUGGUGAAAACGGAUCGCUGGAGAACUGCACGGGAGGAGCGGCAAACUACAUCGACAAAGUCAUCCUGACGUAUAAUCAUAUAUACCCUAGAGGCACGCCAAGGAGAAUCUACAAAACAACAGUACCGCAUGAUCCAGAAGGAAUUCUUGGAACUCUAACUUCAAUCUUCAUGACCUUUCUUGGAUUACAGGCCGGCAAGAUAUUCCAUUUAUUUUCCUUCGCAAGGGACAGAAUCAUAAGAUUCUUGAUCUGGUGUGUUCUAACUGGUGUGAUUGCUGGCGGUCUCUGUGGUUUCUCAAAGGAAGAGGGUAUUAUUCCCGUCAAUAAAAAUCUAUGGUCGGUAUCAUUCAUACUCACCACAGCCAGCAUGGCAUUCUUCCUGUUGGCUAUCUUCUACUAUCUUAUUGACGUUCAUCACUUGUGGACGGGAGUCCCAUUCUACUUCGUUGGAAUGAAUUCCAUCGCCGUGUACUGUGGAUCGGAGGUUCUUGGGGAUUACUUUCCAUUCUGUUGGAAACCAGUCUACAACACUCACGCAGAGCUCUUGGCCAUGAACGUCAUAGGUACAGGCCUAUGGGUCGUUAUCUCAUACUACAUGUACACCAUCAACUUCUUCGUCAAAGUGUGAUGCAUCUCCGUCGUUUGUUUGAUACCAAAAUCAGUGUUAUUAAUGCAAUAAUCUCUCCUGAGAAUAUUUAUGAAUUAUUUAUAAACGAUUUAUUGAUAGUGCUAAUAAUAAUGAAACAUUUUUGUAUAGCCCAAAAUACAUAGGCAAAAUUGCAUGUCUCUUAGCACUUUUUACUAGUGGAGAGCACUGGUUUCCUUAUUGUUUACAAAUGCGAAAUGAAUGUAAUAAUGAUAAUCAUUAGUAUUUCUAAUACGCACUUUCUAAUGAAUCAUUACCCAAGGCGCUAGAUAUCAAAUGAAGAAAAACCUUGGAAAUAUUCACAAUUAAAAUCAUCAAACAUUACAUUCAUAUGAGGAAAAAACAUGGACUUCUCUAAUAUGAUUGUGAAAAUAGGUAAUAUUUGACUCUUGAUUGGAAUGACUUAAGAGUGUUCAUAUUCCUGAUAGUACUUUGCAGUCUAUUCCACAUAGCUAAAAGCCCAAUCUCCAGUACUGCUUGGUCCGGCAACGAGGAAUCACAGGGGUCGAUAUAUGUGGAAGAUCGUAAGGAAUAGUGGCCCUGCUUCUCAACAAGAAGAUCCUUGAUGUAAGUAGGUGCUUCAUCAUGAAGAGCUUUGAACACCAAUAAAUGU